AUGUUCUUGUCCCUGAUUGUUAAGUAUUUGAUCAAUGUCCCCUUCGGGGUGACAUACGAAAAAAUUGGAACGAUACAGAGAAGAUUAGCAUGGCCCCUGCACAAGGAUGACACGCUUUCCCGGAGUGGUAGAUCUACGGAUCUCAAUAUUUAUUUUGUUAACGAUUUAGAGGAGACGAUUCACAAAUUUCCUACGGUAUUCAAUCCCCCCCUUCUCCCCGACGCGACAUUGAUGUUCAGAGCUUCAAAAAGCCCUACUGGGAUGUAG